AUGAAUCGGCAAGAAUCGGCAAAAACCAGCGGAAAGCUCGCGUUUUUAAAGCUCUUUUUGCUUCUUCUACUUUUGGGAAUGAUGCUGAUGGGAAAGAUGGAUCUCAAAAUGGGAAAAAUGCGUCGCUCUCUCGAUGACGAGAUGAUGAGCGAAUCGUUAGGACAGAUGAAUACUGUAAAUAUGGAGAGAUCAACCGAUGAGGUGAUCGAAAAAAAAGAAGACCGUUUUUCCAUCCGGCGCCAAAUACUGGAGCUCGGCUGCAAAAACCUUCAAAAAAUGCAAGAACUCGUCGAUGAAGGCGACUUCGAUAAACUGCUGAAAUUUCAUGAAGAUAUUUAUAACAGAAAAUACAUGAAAUCUGAUCCGAAAAAUGUCUGCAGAGGACCAAGCGCAAGUAAGAAACCAGAUGAAUCGAGAGCCAAGUUAGAGGAUGUGCGCCACAAAGUGAAUAUUUUCUACGAAGACAUAACAAACAUGACGAUUUGCCUUCCACCAAAAGCUGGUACGACCAAUUUUCAAGACGCUCUUGCCCAGCUAAGGGGGCGGCAUGGACGUGGAAUUCUUCCUAGGCUUCAGAAUAGCGAUUAUCGAGACGCUUCAGAUGCCAUUUCGAAGACCAAACUUUUUGUCCUCAACACAAGAAAUCCCUUCGAACGCGUCCUAUCUGCAUGGCGAGACAAGUUUUCUUCCAGCGCUUCUGAGUCUCGUCAAGAUCUUUACAAAGCGUCCAUCAACGUUUUUGAAGAAGAACCUGCUCCUGAUGGAUAUGUAAGUAGCUUUCCAGCUUUUGUAAAUCAUUUAGCCGCGAAUCCAUCGGAAUUUACUCGAAAUCGCCACUGGAGAAGCACUUACUAUCACUGUAGCCCCUGCCACUUUCCUUACGAGCUGAUAACGCACCUGGAGACAAUCGAUGAAGAUUUUCCUCGAGUUUGGGAAGAACUUGGACAUGAGAUGCCGAAAAUGAAGGAGCAGUACAAGCAAUCUCCGAUGAAAUCAAAAGAUGCGUCGUUUUACUACAGAGACAUUUCUUCUGAUGUCGUCAAAAAAUUGUACAUCAACUACUACCAAGACUUUGUUCUCUUCGGUUAUUCCCCUGACCUCGUCAAACGGGUCAUUCGAGCUUCGAACUCGAACAAACCAGCUGAUUUGAACAAACAGAAGAUGUCAAGAGCACUGAUGAAUUUUGAAGAUCAGACAUUUCUGAAUGAAAUUUGCUACUGA